AUGAUGGGAAGUUUAAAUGAGGAACAGAAAAGACAAACAUUUGUUCUGAAAACGGCCUUCCUAAUCGCGAAAUCCAAACGACCGUAUGUCGAGGGUGAAGUAAUGAUAAAGCCGAGCCUCCAGAAUUUCGUCGAAUUGUUUGAGGGUGAAUCGUUCCACAGGAAAGUGAAGACAGCGGCCGACAGCGUAACGCUGAGUGAUACGACAGUAUGGAGAAGAACUGUUGAUUGUGCAAAUGAUAUUUCACAGCAAGUUAUUUCAUAUUUCAAAGAAUCGCCCCAAAAGAGUAUUGCCUUGGAUGAAUCAACUGACAAUACUUCGCAGCCACAGCUUGGCAUUAUAUGGGAGAUAUAUAAGUCCACGAGAAAACUUGAAAGAGGAGUUACUUGAGGUACUAACGUUGGAAACGACGACUAAAGGACAAGAUAUUUUCGAUAUUGUUAGCAGAUUUUUCGCGUUGAGUGGCAUUGAAUGGGGAUCCAUCAGCGAAUGCAACAUAGACGGUGCACCAGCUAUGAUUGGUGAUAUGAACGGCUUUAAAGGGCGAGUGAAGCGAGUCAAUCCCGACAUGAAAUUCAACCACAGCAUUAUUCAUCGGCAAGCCCUUGCGAGCAAGGACCUAUCGGUCGAAUUUGAAAAUGUGAUGGUCAUCAUAAUCAAUGUGAUCAAUUUCGUGAAAGCGAGAGAUUUGAAUGCACGCCUCUUCAAAAAAAUCUGCGAAGAAAAUGAUGCCGAAUAUGAAACCUUGCGAUUUCACAAUACUGUGAGAUGGCUGUCACGUGGUCGCGCUCUGAAGCGGGUGUUCUUACUUCGAGAGGAACUUUAUCAAUUUUUGACAGAGAAGGGUCAUAUAAAUGCCACUAAAUUCAACGAUCCUCAUUUUUUGGCUAAGCUGGCGUUCUUGACUGGCGUAUUUACUCAUAUGAACUUCCUCAAUACAAAUCUACAAGGACGGGGAAAGUUUGUGUUCGAGUUACACAACAGCAUCCGUGGUUUCAUAAACAAGCUUGGCGUGCUACGAGAAGAAGCAAUCCAGGACAAUUUUAUACACUUCGAAUGUUUCUUGGAACUGAUCUGCUUUCUCAAUGAUGACGAUAUUGACUUGACGCCCGAAGUCCGGAUUCUGUGCGACUAUUUACAAAAACUUGCAACUAAUUUCCAAGAACGAUUUCCAGGUCUAGAGGUGAAAGAUUUCACAAUCAUACAGGCGCCGUUUACCGGAAAACCACGCGAAGAGUUUGCAAUGGAACUGAGCCAACUCCAAGCGAACCCAAUUGCCAAACUGGAAUUUGAUUCAGAUCUAUCAAAAUUUUGGCUAAGUCUCAGCGAAGAACAAUAUCCAGAACUGAAAUCAAUAGCUCAGAAGGUAUUGGUGAGAUUUGGAACCACAUAUGUGUGCGAAUCAGUUUUUUCCGCGAUGACGUUCAUUAAGAAUAAAUACAGAAGCCGCCUGACAAAUGAGAACUUGUCGAUUAACAUGAAGCUUGCCACAACAUCCUACAUACCGAGAUAUGAAAAAAUUGUCAGGGGCAAAAAAUGACACUUGAUGCGAAAGUUAAGAACUCUGCAAUCGUUAUUAACGAUAAUUCUAACAGUUGAGUAAUACUGUCGAUGUUAUAUAGCUGUAAUAAAAAUAAUAAUGUUUCAGCACUCGACUAUAUUCUUGAUUCAAAUUUUGGCAGUGUUCAGGGUCGCGGGACACCUAUGAAGCUUGGGUUUGGGUCGCCGAAAAAAAGGGGUGAAGACCCCUGGCCUAGGCUAUUGGCAAACACCGAGAUUUUAUUGGCAUCUCACUAGAUUGAUCAACAACAGCCGAAGGGCCACAAAGAUGAAAUUAUCGAGUGGAAACCUAUAUACAUUCAUUAGACCUGGUAAUUAGGUCUAAUGAAUGUAUGUAGGUUUCCACUCGAUAAUUUCCAUCUACAGGGCCCUUCGGGUGUUAUUGAAUUGAGUGCGAAGCCAAAAUCUCGAUACUGUGUAUCACUAACAAUAGUGUACUGUGUGUGAUAAUGACCAAGUAUGAGAACAAGGCUUGUUGGUUUGACCAUGCAAGGAGCCUCAUUUGAAAUGCAAAAAUUUGUUUUUCAACAUUCCAGGUUAACUUAAUUAUCAUACAAUAAUUAUCCAUAAAACAGAAAGAAAACUGAAAUUCUAUUACAAUUUAAGUAAUAACAAUCAUCUAUUUAACAUGAGGACCUUAGCAUAUAAUCCCUCACUUCCAGUUCUACUUCUGCCUAAUCUGGCUUAUCGCACCAGGUUAUUUCUUACUUUGUUUUUAACAUUUAUUAAUAAAGUCGAUCCUCCCAUAUUAAACGUAUAUUUAUACUAUACAGCUAGUAACAUAUAAUAUACCUUUACUGCCUUGAAUAUCCAUUUCUCCCUGAAAGCGUAUAUCAACAGGUACUGUUUUAUCCACCAAUUCCUCGAUAUUCUUAAAUUGCAAAACAAUUGCAGUUGAACAGUCGUAUAUAUGUGCCAAGUUCCAAAUUAUAAAAUCUAUUUGAAGACCUACCUCCAAACCUAAAAAAUUUGUCAUUUCUUGCUCAGUCUCAGGGUUCAAUCCAAUAUGCCUUGAAGGAAAUUGAUCCGUUUGAGGCAAUAGUUGCUCAAUCUUUGAGACGCCGGUCGAACAACACCGACUGGAGACAGCAAAAAUUGGCUGUGUUGUUGUUGUUCCCAGCCGCAUGUUUGCCACACGAAGCCGUGUGA